AUGUCAAUAGGAAGGUUCAAAGCGGCCGUUGUCAGUAACAUCAGCGAAGCAACCGCCACUCUCGUCAAUCUCAUCCUCGACUUUUCGCUGUUCAAGAUCGAAGCACCCAAAGAAUUUUCCCCGGUGGGGAACGCGUUUUCAUCAAUUCGUCGAGAAUCCGCAGAGAGUGGCGUCGUACAUACUACUGCCUACGGCUCCCGCGCGUCGGAAAUCGCCAUCAAAUCAAAGAAUGAGAAUCGGAACACAAACUAUGGGGUCUUUGAGAGUCAGGUUGGCCCAGAUGCAACGAGCAUCUGGGCAUCGGCGACUUCGGCGGCCAUCAAGGUCCAUCUUCUGGCUUGCAUCCUUGCUCGGAUUUGGGAGUCGGGUGAGGCAACGGCUAUCUGGGACGAGAUUGUGAGUACACAGAAGCAGGUGAUUCUGGCUAAGUGCAAUGAAGGCGGUAGCGUCGAUAUGGUUUCGUGGGUGGUGGCCAAGCAACAGUUCAGCCGGAAGGAGCUGCGCGACUGGCAUGCCAGUGCGCGGGCCUGGUUGUGCGUUGCCGAUAAAAUCAAGAGUGUUCAGCAGAGUAGGUUCUGGCUCGCGAUUGACAAAUUCGAUCUCAGAGUGAUAAAUCGCUCCAGCACAUACGACAGUGUCAUUGAGGUUUGGAAGGACACUCUGGCAGGGAUUGAACUGCUGGUCAGCGGCUCGUCGCAGGAGUUGCGGAGCGUCAACGUCCUCCUAGGGCUAUCUGCGUGGCAUCUCUACCCCGACAUGGACGUCCUCACGCUGAAGUCUUGGCUGUCUAUUCUUGCCGAGGCAGCGCACGAGCAUCUCUACGCGGACGACCUGGAUCGCCGGGUGUACUCGAGGCUGCUCAAUCUGGGUCGAAGGAAGACCGCACUCAUAGGAAAACCGGACCGGACCUUCUUUGCUCUCAGCGAACCCGGAAUCUUUGUGCGGUUGCCCCCGGACGUUGAGGGGAGGAUACACUAUCUCAGGACUAUUGCUCAAAACACCGCUUUUGAAUCCGCGGACAUAGUGAUUCGAUAUCGGCCAGACUCAUCUGCCACAUCUGCCAGUUUCGAGUACGCAACAGCACUUCCACGACCAAAGCGUUCACUCCAUGAGCCAUACACGCUGGGCAGCCGGAUGUUUCCACAGGAAGAAGUCCAGCCACUUGACUGCGAGAUUAUUAGGAACUUCAAAUUGGCAGGGGAAACAGCAUUUCAAUGGGACUCAGCUGGCUGUGCUGGCAGAUCGAAUAACUUCACAUUCUGGCUUGGAGACGAAAAUGAAGCAGCCCUGUUUUAUGCACAGGACACUAUAUCGCCCCCUGAGUUGGCACCUUUUCAGUUAUCUCAGCUGGUUCAGCUCUUCAAGACGGCGAAGCCCCAGCCGCCUAGCCUGCUAAUUGCUCUUGAUAAAGGACUGCAGCAAAUGGGGAAGCCAUACCUCACCUCUCUUAGGGCUGUGGCAACCAUGGUUGAUCUCUACAAAAUCCUUCCGGGAGCGACCGUGGAUAUAAAAGUGUUGAAAACCAAUUAUCGUCUACCCAUUGGGUGCAAUUCUCGAUUGAAUAUCGCUCGCAGGACCGUAUGCCUGCUGCAAGCAUCAGCGACCCUGGCGAGUUCUCAGACCUUGGAUCAUCCGCUGAUGAGCAUGUUGAAACCGACGAACGCAAGUUACAGAUCAUUUGCCCGGUCACGACAUGACCCGUUUGCAGGCGCCGACAAGGUCAAGAUCUCUGAGCAGGAGGGUGAAUUUGAGGCCCAGCUGAGCAUGACUGAUCUCGCCCAUACUUCCGGUGACAUGGACGACGAUUUAGCUGAGGCUCCAGAUGAAGCCGACAUACACGUCCUUGAUAUGAGGCAUAUCGGGCUUCAAGUUGGGUCUUUUUUAAUUCCUUUCACCACGACGCGCAAGCUGACUUCCGUUAUGGCAAUCUCUAGCAAUGGUUCUCUAUUCAUCGCCGCGCCUAUGUUGUGUAGCCCUGCCGAGAAGCCCCCUACGCAUGAGAUCCACCAUGUCACCGGAAACAUCGGACGUGGUGGAAUGGCACUGCUAAUCCCACCGGCCGCACCUCGGAUUCGAGAAAGCACUGUCGACUCAUGGAAUUUGUGUAAUCAUGACUCUUGGGAUGGAGAGUACGUUGACUACUUCGACAAUACUUCAUUACAUCUCUCCUAUACCGGCUACAACGUCCCUCUUGAUGUCGGGGCGCGCGGGGCGCAAGACUGGGAAAUAUACAUGCUGGAGUCUGUUGUAAGUGUGCACGAACGGGGUGAAUGGGUGGCAGACCUAGACAUCCUUGAGGCAUUACAAAGCUCUCUUCUUUUUCGAAUACCCGACAGCCAUGAGCAGCCUUCGCCAGGUGAGAAGCACUUCUGUAAACAUAGCCACGACCGGAAGGAGCGUGAGAGCUCAUCCGGCCCAAAUCUACUGGUCGCGCUCCAGAACUGGGCCGAGUAUCUAGCAAGACCGGAGCUGCCAUCGAUAGUGGUAGCAAGUUUGAAUUGGCAGGCACAACUUGCAGCAACGGCGAUUACUAUUGCGCAGGGUGGUGCUGCUUACGUUGUUAAGGAGGCUGGUUUCGCAUCUGCUGCUUGUUAUCAGAUGGAGGGCAGCCAAUAUCUGGCUAGACAUGAAGGUGAAAGAGGACUUGUUCGUGGCAUGCACAUUGCGGGUCAAGAUGACGUGGCCUGCCAAAGUGUCCCAUCCAUCCUGAAUGGGACCGUCCUACCCAGAAUUGGGACUGUCCUCACAAGUGCACAGUCAUCCAAGAAUGUAUUUUUGGCCUUCUUCUUACUCCCCUUCAAUGUGCCCUGCGGUGGUUGGCCAUCCACAUGGCGCUCUCGGAGAAACCCAUUAAUCCAUAGUCUACGUGCAGCAAACAUUCUGCCUUAG